UGCGCCUGCGCCGUCGCGGCUCUGCUGACAAGUCGGGAAUCUUAGAGCGAAAUACCAAGUAGUUUUGGCCCAGUUCGCACGCCGUUGGGGCGGAGCGUCACGCAGGGGAUUGUGGGUUCCACGUGAACUCAGAGAAGACGCGGAGGAGCUGAGCGUGGGUUUGGAUUUUGGAACAGCGAUAGAGGCGACCCAGUCAGGCUCAGGUAAAAGUUGAAAGACAGAAAGGGAGAGAGAUACAGAAGCUUCCUCUUUGAGUGAUGCUCCCCUGUGGUGACUGGAGUCUCAAGCCCAGGUCCUUUCGCAUGAUUGGAGAUCUUUUAAUUAUAUUAAUUUAUAACUUGUAACACAUAAACAUAUACAAAGAGAAAAAUAAAGAUUAUAGAUAUUUUGUUUCUUCAAACAUUGGUUCAAUCAGACACUUAAAGAUGGCAUCCAAAGAAGAAAUCAUGAGCGACCAACGGUUCAGGCAGGUUACAAAGGAUCCAAGAUUUUGGGAAAUGCCAGAAAAGGAACGGAAAAUAAAGAUCGACAAGAGAUUUCGAGCCAUGUUUCAUGACAAAAAGUUCAAGUUGAAUUAUGCAGUGGAUAAAAGAGGACGUCCCAUCAGCCACAGCACUACAGAGGACUUGAAACGUUUUUAUGACCUUUCAGAUUCUGAUUCAGAUCUGUCUGAUAAUGAAGAUAAGAAAGCAUUAAAUCAAAAGCAAAUGAAGAAGAAAAAAUCUCAAACUAAAAACAAGGAGUCAAAAAAUCUAGUUGAGAAAAAGAAAGAAACCAAGAAAAUUAAUCAGAAGGAUUCUGGAGAUAAAAUUGAUUUAGAUAAUUCUGACAAAGUUAAGAAAAUGAAGAACUUACGUGAGUCUGUGAAGACAGAUUCAAAAAUAAGUACCAAGAAAGAGAUCAAAGAGUUUACACAAAAAAGUACAAAACAGGAAAAAAAUGUUGAGCAAAGGACAGAUUUAGGUCCAAAAGGAAAGCUCAUGACAGUUAAUUAUGUUACAUCUAAAAGUGUGAAGUCUCCCAAGGUGAAGUAUUCUGAGAUGACGAGAGAAAUGCAAUCAGUGGCUCCACUCAUAAAGGCAAGAGACGUAGAUAAUUACGAAAAUGCAACAUGUGAUAAACUGUUGGACAAAGAUGAUCUGGAGGAAGACUCAGAAAGUGCUAAUGAAAUAGGUGAUGAAUCUGAAGAUGAAACUGCAGGCAUGAGUAGGUCUUCAGCUGAUCAUGGUGAAGAAGAUGAAGAAGAAGAUGAUGAUGGGAUUGGAAAUGAUGAGAGUGAAGAUGAGGAUAGUAAGGAUGAUGAUGAAAGUGACAGUGGCCCUGAUCUUGCAAGGGGUAAAGGAAAUGUAGAAACUAGUUCUGAAGAUGAAGAAGAUAUGGCAGAUUUACUUCCAGAGGAAUCUGGUUUUGAGCAUGCUUGGAGAGAAUUAGAUAAAGAUGCUCCGCGUGCUGAUGAGAUUACACAUCGAUUAGCAGUUUGUAACAUGGACUGGGAUAGGAUAAAGGCAAAAGAUUUGCUUGCUCUCUUCAAUUCAUUUAAACCUAAAGGAGGUGUGGUAUUUUCUGUUAAGAUAUAUCCUUCAGAGUUUGGAAAGGAAAGAAUGAAGGAAGAGCAAGUUCAAGGACCAGUGGAGUUAUUAAGUAUUCCUGAAGAUGCUCCUGAGAAGGACUGGACCUCUAGAGAAAAAUUAAGAGAUUAUCAAUUUAAACGACUCAAGUACUACUAUGCAGUUGUAGAUUGUGAUUCUCCUGAAACAGCCAGUAAAAUUUAUGAAGACUGCGAUGGCCUAGAAUUUGAAAGUAGUUGUUCAUUCAUAGAUCUGAGGUUCAUACCAGAUGAUACUACUUUUGAUGAUGAACCCAAGGACGUAGCUUCAGAAGUGGAUUUAACAGCAUAUAAGCCAAAAUACUUUACAUCUGCUGCAAUGGGAACAUCAACGGUGGAAAUCACUUGGGAUGAGACUGAUCAUGAACGGAUUACAACACUCAAUAGGAAGUUUAAAAAGGAAGAGCUUUUGGACAUGGACUUUCAAGCCUACUUAGCUUCUUCUAGUGAAGAUGAAGAGGAACUAGAAGUCAAUCUACAAGGUGAUGAUGAUGUCAGUAUGGAAGAAGAUGGAAUAACAAAAAAAGUUAUGAAGGAUGAUGAUGAACAAAUUGCUAAGUAUAGACAGCUUAUACAGGCUAUACAAGAAAAAGAAAAGAAAAGCAAAGGAAAUGACAUGGAAAUGGAAAUUAAGUGGGUUCCAGGUCUUAAAGAAAGUGCAGAAGAGAUGGUCAGAAAUAAAUUGGAAGGAAAGGAUAAAUUAACCCCUUGGGAACAAUUUUUAGAGAAGAAGAAAGAGAAAAAAAGACUAAAGAAGAAACAGAAGGAGCAGAAGGCUCUUGCUGAAGAUACCAGUGAAGAUGAACUUCCCUCUGAUGUUGAUUUGAAUGACCCAUACUUUGCUGAAGAAGUUAAAAAAAUAGGUAUAAAGAAAAAAUCAGUGAAAUCUUCAAAAGAUGGCAUAUCUCCAGAAGAAGAAGCUGAAUUAGAAAGGCAAAAGGCUGAAAUGGCUUUGCUUGUGAUGGAUGAGGAAGAAGAGAGCAAAAAACACUUCAACUAUAACAAAAUUGUGGAGCACCAGAAUCUAAGCAAAAAGAAGAAAAAACAACUCAUGAAAAAGAAGGAACUGCUAGAGGAUGACUUUGAGGUAAAUGUUAAGGAUGCACGAUUUCAGGCAAUGUAUACUUCCCACUUAUUCAAUUUGGAUCCUUCAGAUCCUAAUUUCAAGAAAACAAAAGCCAUGGAAAAAAUCCUUGAAGAAAAAGCCCGUCAAAGAGAACAAAAAGAACAAGAACUUACUCAAGCAAUAAAGAAAAAAGAAAGUGAAAUUAAAGAAUCACAAAAGCGGUCCAUUGACCCUGCCUUGUCAAUGUUGAUUAAAUCUAUAAAAAACAAAACAGAACAGUUUCAAGCAAGAAAAAAACAAAAAGUCAAGUAACUAGUUUCUCUUGGAAUUGAGAAUGUAAUCUCCUAAAGUACACAAAAAUGAUAGGAGGGACAUUUGUUGGGUACUGAAGGCUUGAAUAAAAUCUUAUAUUGUAAAUCUAAACAUUGUAAAAUUUCUGUCUGUAAAUAAUAGUUGGACUUAAUUGUAUCUGAUCAACUGAUUUGUACUAUACACUUCAACAAGUUAAUUGCAGUUAAUUCAAGAGUACCCGUAUAGGAAUUAUGAAAUGUUUAUAUUUUUUUAAAUUCUGUUUUACUCUAGUAGAAUAAUCUAAAUUAGUAUUGUUAAUGACUUAUAAGUUUUUUAAAAAGUGCCUAGUCUUAAGUCUGAGUGUUUGGAACAAUGUGAAAAUAUGUAUGUAUGAUACAUUAGUUUCUCAAGGGAAUCAAGGGACAGUUUAAAUGACUAUUAAAAUAAUUUAUUUUAUAAUUAUGAAGAAAGACUUUCAUGCCUGAGGUUCCAGGUUCAGUUUCCCUGGCUUCAGCGUAAGCCAGAGCUAAGCAGUGCUCUGUUAUAAAUAAUAAUUUAUUUUUCUAGUCAUAGUAAAUGCAAGUCAGUAACUUUGUUGUUUAGUUUGGUUUACUAUAGCUUUUUUAUGAAACUGUUAAUAAAAGUGAAAUACAUUUGUUGUUACGA